AAAGUUUAAUGUACAAUGUUUAUAUUUUUAAUAGAUAGUUUCUCUUGACAGACAACAGGAUGGAAAUGUUGAAUCUCAACUGCAAACUGAUAAACUUCAUCCAUCAUUUAAAGCAGCAGUGCAGUCUGGACUUGAAAGAUCCUGCAGAGUGUGUGGAGCUGAUGGACAGCAGUGGUAGACUGAUGAACCUGGAGGGGAAGCAGCACAGUGUGGCACUGGCCAGCAGCGUGCUGGUAGAGAGGCAAUGCUACGUCCUCCUCCGAGUAUGCCGAAAUAAGGAUAAUGGAGGUCUGAAAUAUGAGUCUCUUCUAAACAACAUCAGCCAGAGUCAUCCAGAGUUAACAGAGCUGCUGGAAAACCUGUCGAACCCUGAGAAGGAGAGAGACAGAAAGAUCAGAGGACGGACAAAGAGGAGCAGUCCUGCUGAACAAACUAAGAGCAAAAACUUUUCUGCUAAUAAGAAACUUUUUUAA